AUGAGUGCUAAUUUCGGUGCCCCGUCCGAUUUUGAAUACCCCGAACUGGUGGAUGAGUCGGCCUUGUUCAAUACCGACUGGACUGUGCCCAACUAUGCCCUGCCUGCCUUUGAGCCGGCGGUCCCUGAAGAAUCCUUCACACCCCCAGGCGAUCGAGUGAAUGCCAAGGUUGCCAUCCCGCGCAACUCUCAGCGCCCCAAUUGGACAGUUAGUGGCCGGGUCAGUCGAGCCUGUGAAAAUUGUCGAGAUCAAAAGGCCAAAUGCAGUGGCCAUCGUCCGGUUUGCCAUCGGUGUCGAGAUGCUGGUAUCGGGUGUUCUUAUGGUGAUCGGAAGAAGGAGAAAACGGCCAAGCAGUUGAACGACCUAACCUCACAGGUGAAUACGCUAGAAUCCCUGCUCCGCGACAUCUAUCCCAGGCUGGAUGGUUCGUCGUCCCAGCUAGUGGACCAAACGCUGAAAGAAAUGAGCUCUCGGGCUCCGCCCCUCCCUGCUGCACCUAACUUGCCCAUUUCAUCCUCCCAGACGCAGCAGACGCAGCAAACUCAGCAGGCAACCCCUUUCUUGGCGUCUACAGAUGCUGCCAUCUUCCCGUUUGGUCCUCUCGACUAUACCGAAGAAGACUAUAAUCGUGAUGACAAGGUACAGGCUAUGGGAUUCGUCGGCGAACACUCGGAGAUGGCAUGGCUGUACAGACUCAAACGCGACCUGGAUCAAGAUAGCUCAUCACUCAUCAAAGAACCUUCUGAACGCCCUACGAUUUCCUCCGUGAACUACUUCCAAGACGACUCGGAUAUUUCAGUACCCGACCCUGUUGAUCUCACACACUGGCCUCCCCAACACCUUGCCGACACCCUCGUUGACGCUUACUUUCACGUUGUGCAUCCUGCAUUCCCGAUAUUUGGCAAAGCCACCUUUUUAAACCAAUACCGAUCAUUCUACUCGAACCCAAACUCGCGACCUGGCAAGAGGUGGCUGGCCUUACUGAACUUGGUGUUUGCUGUUGCCACGAGACAUUCACACCUCAUCGAUCAGCUUCGACCGAACCAGGAUGACCAUCAGACGUUUUUUGCACGAGCAUGGAGUCUAAGCAUAGGCAGGGUCGCCUUGUUAAAACACCCUAAUCUACAACAAGUGCAGAUCGAGGGAUUGGCUGCUUUCUAUCUUCUCUCUAUUGGACAAGUCAAUAGGUCUUGGCGCAUCAUCGGGAUCGCGAUUCGAUCGGCGGUGACAAUGGGUCUGAAUCUUCGGAGCGAGAGCGAGUCCGUCCCACACUUUUCAAAGGAGGUCCGCUACCGGUUAUGGUGGGCGCUAUUCAUGCUGGAUACUGUUCUGUGCGAAAUGACCGGUCGUCCUCUGAGCAUGGGAGAUAUCUUCUGCACGACUCCUCUUCCGGUGCCAUUCGGAGAAGAGGACUUUUGGGAUGAUCGGGUAGUGCAGCUCAUCACCAGCCAAGAGAAGCGAGGUGCAUUCUUCACUUCCUUGCUUUCUGGCAGCACUUUGACUCCACCACAAGAUGGUGCAAGUUACAACAAGAAUUCGACCCAACCGGAACCUAGUCAACCGGGACCAAGUCAGCCCGAGCUAGAGACCCGAAUCUCCCAAGCCAUAGAUGAGGGUCAGAUACACAUUGAUGGCCUAACGCCAAACAGUUCACUUAACUUCUUAUACGCAGUGGAUUUAGUUCAUCUCCUACGAAAGGCGAUUUACAUUCUAUAUGCCCCAAGAGCAACACGAAUGUCAUAUCGCGAGAUUGAAAGCACAAUCUCCACAUUUAAUGGCUAUGCUGAUGACUGGCUUUCUCAUCUACCGGUCGAAUUCAAUUUCGCAGACGCAAUCGCAGACGCAAAUAGAGCACGUUCGUUCGCACAACAGCGUGCUAGUCUUGCUUUCCGGUUUUACGCCACAAAGAUUAUUAUCACGCAGCCUUGCCUCCGCCUCUACCAGACUGCCAUACAGCCAGGUCUCCUAGGAGCAACAUCCGCCAGCAUGGCGGCGAUCUGCGUCCAAGCCGCGUGUCAGAUGCUAGAACUCCUCCCCGAUGAGGCAGACACCACUUGGCUGUAUGGCAUUGCUCCGUGGUGGUGUAUUCUCCACAAUAUCAUGCAGUCGACGACCAUCCUCCUGGUUGAGCUGUUCACUCGUACCCAUCUAGGUACACCCAAGGCCGCGAGCAUCAUCCAACGAAUUCAAAAAGCAACUCGAUGGCUGAAUGAGAUGUCCGCUAAAGAUCCUUCCUCGCAGCGUGCCUGGUUGCUCUGUGUGGAUAUCCUCUCGCGGCAUGGGUCGAAGUUUGGGUUCGAGGCUGAAUACCUUGCGCCUAGCCCUGUGUUUGUGCGGUUCUGA